CUUCCCAAAAUAAAUCGUCAGUCGAUAUAACGGUGGAGACGACACCGGGGCGUCUCAUCACUCGUGUUAUUGGACGUCAUUAACGCAAAACCCGUCUGCAGAUUGAUUUUUGGAAACGACAGUCACGUGUCAUCGUUCGGACGAGGUUUGUAUAUCCUUCCAGUUUCGGCGUGCUCAUCCACGACCCGCACGGUGCCGCAAACCUCCACGUCACCAUGCGCCCCGCAACCCCAUUUGGCGCAGUUGUGUGUCUGCUAGCAGGAGCCGUGGCGGCCCUCCACAGCCCCCCGCAGACAGUGUUUUUGGACAAGCAGCAGGCGAGCUCGUUGAUUUGGCGCCCGAAGAGAAGCGUGGACGGAACCAGCCAACAGCCAGCCAGCCUGGAACAGGCCUGCAUGGAGCGGGUGUGCAAGUACGAGGAGGCCCGCAAGCACUUCCCAGACUCGUAUCGCACGGAUAUUUUCUGGGCCGUCUAUGUCGAUGGAGACCAGUGCGCGGAGAAGCCCUGCAAGAAUGGCGCACUUUGCUCUGACAGUGUGGGCGGCUAUGAUUGCGUCUGCAAGGCGGGCUUCUCGGGGGUCCACUGCGAGACCGACCAAACUGUUUGUGUGGUGGAGAAGAAAAAGGGCUGCUCCCAGUUCUGUAAACCGGGCUACACCUCCUACGAGUGCUCCUGCGCAAGAGGCUGGAAGCUCCACCGGACGGACAAGGACAAGUGCGAGCCAGCAGUCCGCUAUCCUUGCGGGAAGGUCAUCAGUUUGAGUCACUGGGAGGACAGACAGGCCACGAUCGUCCGAAGUGACUUUCAGCCCCUUGAUUGCACCUCAGUAGAGUGUCCCUGGCAGGCUCUUCUCAAGAGCACCCAGUCGGAAGGUUUCUGUAGCGGAGUCAUUAUCAAGGAGAACCUGGUUUUGACCUCAGCGCAGUGCGCCAGCAAGUACGACUCCUUCCAAGUGGCUGUGGGAAAGCGUAAGGUAACGUCGGAGGACAGCGAGCAGACUGCUUUAGUGAAAGUGGUCCACCCUCACCCCCGCUAUGUGCCUGGCCGCCCCGACAACGAUCUGGCCGUGGUGGAGCUGCUCGAUCGCAUAAUCUUCAAGAGGGAAGUGACAGCCGUCUGCCUCCCGGAGAAAGACUUUGCCGACAGCGUCCUGACCAGCGGGGACCUCCCCGCCGUGGUGACAGGUUGGAAGGACCCCCAACCUCCGGCGUCUUCCUUCCAGGGCUCGCUCACCCUCAACCAGUUGGCGUACAAAAGCCUGCCUCAGUGUCUGGAGAUGCACCCCAAUUUGAUGAGCAACAAAAUGGGUUGCACGGCCGCCCGCGCCAACGCCGACUGCAGCGUGGGCUCCGGAAGCCCCCUGCUCACAUUGUACAGGGAAGUCUUCUUUCUCACCGGCGUGGUCAGCCAGCCAGAGGGCUCAGAGUGCAGCAAAGGCUUCAUUUUUCAGAAGGUCUCUCGACAUCUCGACUGGCUUCAAUCACUCAUGGCUUCCCUGUAGUGGAAAUAACAUGCAAAUUGUUUGGAACAUGCCAUCUGCUUUGUGUACAUUGUCUGUUUAACAUAAUAUUCACAACUCUAAAUCUAAAAUAUAAAUGUAGACCUCAUAGUUUGUCCACAAGAUGGCGCUUCAGUAAAGACAAAUAUGCACUGAUUUACUCUGCAUGUAACUUGUAAGCAUUUUAAAAGUGAAAGUUGUCUGAGCUUCUUGUUCACAUACAUGUGAUGUACUCGCCCGAGCUGAAAUAAACUACACAUGAUCCCACAA